UUCAGAAAGAACAAACCGACAGCCGACGAUUCGUUGGACCCCCUAUAUAUGACUAAGCUAUGCGCAGGGUGGGAGCAAACAUUGCAAUAGAACACAGCGGCCAACUCGAGGACACCGCAUGGCCCAAAUUCCCUGCAGGGACUGGCUCCACAGUCUCUUUGUUCUACAACACCCGUUCCUACACGAGAUGAAGUCAGCUUACCUCGCGCCAUCUAUGUAUCACCACCAACAUGUCGAUUCACUCGCAUUGGAUUUGCGUCAUCCGCGCAGUGUUACCCGGAUUCGAAGCAAUGCUGAGAGCUCUUCCCGAAGGGAUGAGAGUAAUCCUCCUCUCGCGGUAAGCUGACAGCCACCCGGCGACGAAUCUGCAAGAUGAUUCACACAUAUUCUCCGCUUAGGAGUCUCUGAGGAAUGCAAGCCAUCCCCACUGGCACCAAUGGGCUUAAAUUAGGCGAAGUUUAUUGGUCUGUAAUCUGAGUUGACGUAGUCCCAGGCUUGACCAAAUCUUCCAUUUUCUAACAGAUCAAUCCUCCCCUCACUUAUGAAAUCAUAUUGCGACUUAUACUUUCCAACAAGACAGGAUUGUCAUCAUUCCACUUAUGCCCUGCGCAGAUCAUACAUUCCGAUCAGCUCGAUUUGCCG